GAAUCCGGUGGCAACCUCCGCUGCUCCCCCUUCCCCUAUUCACGAACUAGUCUCCAUACGCGACCUCCUCCGCUCCUCGCCCUACCAAGUCGCAAACGGCGGCGGCGUGCGCGCCCUACGUCGACGUGGCCCCGCCUCCGCCACCGCUUCCGCCUCACCGACGUGUUAGCAUCCCGUCCACAGUACCCACCUGGACGAUACGCAAUUCCUCCUCCUACUUGUCCGUCUUCGGCACAGCCCUUCCACCAAACUCCGCGCCCCCUUCGCCUCGCAGUAAAGCUCGUAGCGCGCGGCCAUGGCGGCGGCAGGUGCCCUGGUCGUGUACAGGGCGGUGUUCGCCGCGCUCGGCUGCCUCAUGGUGGGCACCCUGGUGUACACCUGCAUCACCGACGGCUCGCCGUUCCGCGCCGAGCUGCUGACACCGUGGAUGAUGACAACACUGGUUGAUUUUUAUGUAAAUAUAGCAGCGAUUUCGACUUGGGUCGUCUACAAGGAAGGAAAUUGGAUUAGUUCUAUCUUCUGGGUAGUACUGUUGGUUUGUUUCGGCAGUGCCACUACAUGUGCUUAUAUUGUUAGCAAGUUAUUUGAGAUAACAUCUUCAGGGCUUUCCCAAAAUCCGCUUGAUCUUUUGUUGCUCAGGCAAGAUAAUCUACCCGAAAGGAAGUGUUCUUUUGUCGUCAUCGGGAGAACUAUUUUCAGCAUUUUGGGCAUACUCAUGGCUGCACUUGUCACGUAUACUGUCAUUACAGAUGGACUGCCUUUCAGGAAGGAUUUGUUGACACCGUGGAUGGCUGCAACCUUAAUUGACUUCUAUAUAAAUGUCUUUGCAAUAUCGGUAUGGGUUGUUCACAGGGAGUCGACUUGGAUCUCAGCAGUCAUUUGGAUAUGCUUGUUGAUAUGCUUUGGAAGCAUCACGACUUGUGGGUACAUUGUGGUUCAACUUCUACAAGUGUCAUACCAGGACCCAGUCUACCAUCUGCUACUGAAUUCCCAUAGCAAGUAUGGAGUUGCACCCUCACAGAAGAUCUGAAAACUCAUUGAAGGGGGAUAUGUUCUUGGUACACAAUAAUGUCCCCUCUGUUCAUAAAGGUGCCACAAUAAAGGGUAUACCAGAGUAGCAAUUAGAGAGAGAGAGAGAGAGAGAGAAUCUUCGUGGAAUGGAAUGAUUUCUUAACGAAAUUGAAGCUCCUUCACUUGUUAUUGUCUCAAAGGUGGUUUUGUAAUUGUAUAUCAAAUCGAAUUGCUUGGUAAAUGAUGGACAGCAGAUUCUUCUUUUUUGCGAA